CUGAAACAAGAGGUGCUGUUGUCCAGCUGCCACACCUGUGUUCAAUUUGGCUACUAAUUGUUCUGUGAGCAGCUGUUGCAAACGGUGUUCGUUAAGACCUGCAGCGCCGAUACAAACGACACAAAGGGCUUGCUUAUAAGCCCAGAGGUCAUAGGUUGUCCCAAUGAGCAUCAGACCAUAGCUUCUGAGGAGUAAAGGGUGCUGUGUCUCAGCUAACAGCCAUGGCUCUUGGACUCCUUUUGCAGUGAGUUUCUCAGCACUUUAUUCUCUUAAUUACCUUUUGAGCAGACUUUAAUCAGAUGUUGGUUUUUACUGCUCUCUUUUGCAGGGUUACCUCUAUCUCUUUUCUGUUAUUUGAUGGUGGUGUUGGUGUACCGGCUAUAAAAGGGUAUGGAUAUCCAUAUAAAUCUGACUCCAGUAACAUGGUUGAAGAGGAAGUGAUGACCUGGCCAACCUUUGAUCAGAGUAACUGGCAGUCUUCAAACAACCCACCGGCUGGCAGUGUAUACACAACCAACAAGAAGCCUGAAUUUACGCAGUCAGCUUGGGCUCCAUCUCGACAAAACCUGCCAAACACACCCAGUAGUCGUGAGGUAGAGAGACUUACUGAUGGUCUGUCAAGACCCUGGGGACUGGAAACUGCUGACAAACCACUUUUAUUUCCUCUAAAGCUGACUGAUCCAGCCAAACCUCAGCCAGGUCCCGUCCAACCUCAAUCAGCACCACUUGGUGUAGCCUCUACGUACAGUAUGCCUUCCUCUCCAAGUGCUGGUGGCCCAACUUCCUACUAUGCCCCAUCCUCUACCUCUCCUGCUGCGCAGUCACCUAGCUUUGCUUCUUGGCAGCCUGAGCCAGAUAGCAGUGGUUAUGGUAUGAUUGGCUAUAACGCUGGCUCCAGUGCAGAUAGUGGCGCUAACGUUCCCCAUCUUGUCUAUGAGGAGGUUUUUCAAUAUCCUUCUAGUAACACUGAGCCCUCGAGUAAUGGUGCCAUCUCCAAUGCUGCAGGAGGGUCUUCAAUUAAAUACAACUCCCCACUAUUGCCCAGUUAUCCACCUAAUAUAGUAGCCCAGCCUGCCUAUCCAUCUGGGAUGCGGGGCUUCCCUGGAGGAGUGAGACCCAAUAUUGGUCAAACAGGCAAGCCACGUGAUGAGAUCUCUUCGCUUCCACAAAAAACAGUUAUCAGGACCCAAAAAGUUGUUUCCCAGAGACUGACUGAACCAGUCCCUCCUUCACGCUACAUUAUCCAGUCCAGAAAUGGCUACCAGCAACACCAGCAUCACUUAUCCAAAUCCAGCUACUCGCCAGAAUUUCCCCCUCUAAUGCCUGUAAGGUCGAAGGCUGUAAAGGGUCCAGCACCAAGUCAACCAGCUGCACCUCAAGGUGUAAGUUACCCUCAAAGAACCAAGUGAUAACCAACAUGGCUAUUGUGGCAGAACGACGCGUCCGCUGAAGAAAAUAAAACUCUUUAAUUUAAAUG